GGAUGCACAGGAACGGCGAUGCCCAUCACGCAGGACAACGCGGGGGUCUUCCUCCCCCUCCUGUGCCAGUGGCUGCAGAACAGCCAUCGGGAGGGGGCUGAGGAUGCUGAGCAGCAGCUCUGCCGCUCAGCUGUCCAGAAGCUGAGUGAGUACAUCCAGCUCAACUUCUCAGUGGAUGAGAGCAAACUGCAGCCAGGGAGCUGUGGGACUUUGGAUACAGAGAUCUGCACUAUGUACCUGGCACAGGAGAUGCGAAAAAAUGAGGUUCUUGGGUUGAGCUUUGGUAACAUCCCUGCUCUGGGGGACUAUGGGGAGAAGCGUCGGGGAGGGAAGAAGAGGAAAGGGCACAAGGGCCCCGUGCUCGAUGUUGGGUGCAUCUGGGUGACAGACUUGAAGAAAAACAGCCCGGCUGGGAAGUGUGGGAGAGUGCGCCUGAAGGACGAGAUACUUUCCCUGAAUGGCCAGCUGAUGGUCGGCGUGGAUGUCACCGGUGCAAGUUACCUGGCUGAGCAGUGCUGGAAUGGCGGCUUUGUCUACCUGAUCAUGUUGCGCCGCAUCAAGCGUAAAGCCCCUCUUCCUCCCUCCAACGGCAACAACAGCAACAGCUGCGACCCAAAGGCCAAACCCAGCCCUGAACCCAGCGACAGAGCUGCUCAAAAUGGGAAAAGGACACGGAAGUUUGGCGUCAUCACCAGAACACCGGGCAGCAAGGAUGGCAAAGAAAAGCCAGGCUCAGAGCACGGGAAUGGGCAUUGCACCCCGAUGGAGGUUGAGGUAGCUCAGCCAGAGACCUCCGAAGCAGAACACAACGGGGAAGAGCAGCUUCAGGGCACUGGGGGACAGUACCGAUGCCGGCUGUCAGAUGGAGGUGUGCCAGACAUGGGUGACCAGUCUGCACAGCGAGAAGGUUGCCGCAUGUGGAAGAUGCACAUCCUGAAGGGGACGGAUGGACUGGGAAUCCAGAUAACGGGAGGCAGAGGGUCGAAGCGGUCCCCUCACAGCAUCAUCGUCACCCACGUGGAGGAAGGCGGCUUGGCACACAGGGACGGCAGGCUGACAGUGGGCGACGAGCUCCUCAUGAUCAACGGGCAGUCACUGGUUGGGCUCUCCCACCAGGACGCUGUGGCUCUGCUUCGCUCGGCUGCCGGCCUGGUGCAGCUGGUGGUUGCUAGCAAGGAAUCUGCUGAAGGGGAUUUUCUGAAGUACUCAUCUACCAGUUUGCCAGACUUGCUUAGCACUUGUUCAGUCCAAGACUCUAUCUCUUGCACUGACAAUAAGGAAAAUGAAGAGCCAGAAGAAGAAGAAGAUGUGAAAGGAUUGAAUGUGUCUCCCGAAAAACUGGUUGCUGUGAUGGAAACUGAGAAGUCUCAAAAUCCAGUUUGUGCAGAAGUGUCCAAAGGAAACAACCAGAGUCCAACUCUGGGAAGUGGCAUACUGAAAUACAGAAGUCGAUCCCAAGGUACUGCAUCCCGCUUGGAGUCUGUUGGAGAAGACGAUGAGCUCACAGUGGAAAAUGGUGAAUCAAGUUACGAAAUAGCAGUGAAAUACUCCCGGGGUGGGAGAAAGCACUCUCUGCCCCAGCAGCUGGAGUCAGCAGGAGCCAGGCAGGACUACCAUAUUGUGAAGAAAUCCACCCGUUCCUUCAGUGCUGCCCAAGUAGAAUCACCAUGGAGACUGACCCAGCCGUCCAUCAUUUCCAACAUUGUCCUGAUGAAAGGGCAAGGCAAGGGUCUUGGAUUCAGCAUUGUGGGAGGUCAGGAUUCUGCUCGUGGACGCAUGGGGAUUUUCGUGAAGACUAUAUUCCCAAAUGGUGCGGCGGCUGCUGAUGGAAGGCUGAAAGAAGGGGAUGAAAUCCUAGAAGUUAAUGGAGAGUCUCUACAAGGGCUGACCCAUCAGGAGGCUAUUCACAGGUUUAAGCAACUGAAGAAAGGCGUGGUGACACUGACGGUGCGCACGCGGCUGCGCAGCCCGAGCCUCACGCCCUGCGCGACUCCCACCUUGCUGAGCCGCUCCAGCUCCCCCAGCUCAGGUGCCAGUGGUGCGACACUCCCCGGCCCUGACGAGCCGGAUGGCUCCUCCUCCAACCGCAAAGGCCCUGGCCCGAAGGACAGAAUUGUCAUGGAUGUGACGCUCAAUAAAGAGCCGGGGGUUGGGCUUGGCAUUGGUGCCUGUUGUCUUACGCUGGAAAACAGUUCUCCGGGGAUAUACAUUCACAGCCUGGCCCCAGGAUCAGUGGCUAAAAUGGAUGGCAGGUUAAGCCGGGGUGACCAGAUCCUGGAGGCAGAUUCAGUGAGUCUGCGUCACGCAGCGUUAAGUGAAGCCUACGCCAUCCUGAGCGAGUGUGGUCCAGGCCCUGUCAGCCUCAUCAUUAGUCGACAUCCUAACCCAAAGGUUUCUGAGCAGGAGAUGGAUGAAGCAAUCGCACGUACUACCCACCGAGAGAGCAAGGAUGCCAGCUCUUCUCACAUCACAGGAGCUGUACAAAAAAGUCCGUCUCCCAGUGCGAAGGCCAAACAAGGAGAGACCUCAUCUCCCCUCAGCUGGACUAUGAAACGCUUCCUGGAGCCAGCAAGCCGGCAGGGAUCUGUCAGCUCCGAGGCAGAGCUUUCCCAGUACUUCUCUCAUGACGGUACAAGUCAGUUCCCCUUUGCUGAUGCUGUAACCAGCUCCUGUGACGAAGAACAGCUCCGCCAGAAGAACAGAAACAGUUUGCUGGAUGAUGGCUCUCCUCUUCCUGGCAGCCUGACUGCUAGAGAAGCAGGAGCAGCAAAAGCAAAUGGUCUGGCUUCUCCUACUAGUGGGAGAUCACCUGGUCUUCACAACAAACAUGUGGAGUCUGUCCGACCUGGCAUCCUCAGCGACAGUCCCAAAUCUAACCGCAGUCCCUUUCACCGACAGAGGAGGGUUGUUUUCUAUGAUGGUGACAUUAGUGACGACGAUGAAGGUUCCCAUUUGCAGAGGAGCUUGAGGGCCAAGAGCCAGGAGGAUGCUGGCAUUGUCAUUACAACCUCGUCUGUAGAAAUUGAUGAUGAGAGCCAGGACAGUGAAUCACCAAGAUAUAGUGGCAGAGAGACUUCUUCCCCUGUCUUCAGCAACUCUGCAGAGUCUGCGGAGCAAAUUGACUCUCCCUUCUUCCCAAUCAUAGCAUUCGAUUACUCAAGUGUGCCUGAAGUUCGUCUUGGCAGCCUGAGUUUGAAGGAGCUCCGGGAAGCACAACUUGAAUCAAAGAGAUCUCCAAAACUUGAGCACAGAGCAGUCACCAGAGUGAAAAGCAUGAUGAGCACUGAGUGCCGAAGCCUUCAGAGACAGAGGACAGAGGAGCAUGGCUCUUACAACAAGCCUGUUGCGAGAAUGCUCCCUCACAGCAAAAAGUGUGAAGCACCUGAUGGGGCUGGGCAGGGCCAGGGUGAAAUAGUCACUCUGGUUCGCAGUGAGCAUGAGUCAUUCGGCCUGGAUUUGGAAAUACAGGCCAUGCCCUUAAAAGUUGUUGUCACAGGACUGCGGCCAGGUGGAGCAGCAGAAAUGGGAUCAAUGGGCAAGAUGGCUGUAGGAGACGAGAUUACCACCAUCAACAGUAUCCCAGUCAGUAAGAUGAUGUAUGAGGAAAUCUGCUUGCUUAUGCAGUGUCUUCCCACAUCUGUAACCCUGGAGAUCCAGAAAGCAACAUCAGCUGUCAGCAGAUUUACAAACCUCAUCCUGUCUCCAGGGGUAGAGUGUCAAAAUCAGGCCGGUAUCAACAGCAUGGUUGCAACCGAUGAAGAACAGAGCACGGGGAAGAGAGAAGGAGCAGGUCUGCAGAAUGCUUGUGCGGUGGAGAGGACAACACUGCCACCUGAUGCCACCAGCAAAGACGUGCAGAGAGUUACCGUGGCAAGCAGCCUCUCUGAGGACUGCCCUGCCGCCCCUGUCACUGAUAUCGAUGACUUGCUCAGCCAGAUGGGUGCUGCCGAGAGCAGGGCUUCACGCACCCCGUCGCGAGCAGAAAGCCCCCUCCGAGAUGAGUACACCACCAUGUGCUGCUGUGGAACUGAUGAAGGGUGUCCCGGAUCUGAGCCACAGCCAGCCAAGGAGGAGCUGCAGGAAAAAACUGUGAAUUGUGGAGCUAAUGCACAAGGAGUUUUAGGGCUGUCUGUGUUGGACUCUAUUAACACAGGCAAACUUUUUACUGUGAAUAAAAACUCUUUAAAUAACUACUCCAGGAAUUUUAGCAGCUUAAAUGAGGAUGAGUUGCCUGCAGCAAACUCUGUGGAAGGGAAGAGGAGCGACGUGUUUCCAAAGUCUAUGUAUGGGGCUGCAGAGGAUUCUCAUUCAGACACAGAGUCCGUCACGGAAGGCUGUGAUGGUGCAAAUGAGAUGUUGCUUGGGCCCUGCACUGCUGCUGCUAAUGCCUCUGUGGCCUGUGCUGUAAUGGAGUCAGAUGAAGAGCAAAUUGAGAUCUGUUGCAUGAGCAAUGAGUUGCAGAAGCCUGCACAGGAGCAGCAUCUCACAUCUGCCACAAGCUCCUCUCUGUCCCCACUGCACUGUUACGGUGGCAAAGUUUUGCAGAUGGAGGGCUGUGCAAUGUGUGAGUCACUGGAGACAAGUAUCAACAAACUAGACUUGGAAGAUCACGGUGGUCCCACUACUCCGUGUCCAUCGCAGUGUUCAGAUGUGUCCUCAGCAUCCUUGUAUUCUCCUUCCUCAGUUUUUGUGCUAGAAAAAGACAUCCAAAAGAAUUCAGACAGCAUCCCUGAAGUUUACUCUUUCUGUAACAAUGGUGCCUUAAGUAUGGAACAACAGAUGGGUUUGGGAAACAGUGAUGGAGAUAUGAAGUGCUGUGGAUCCAUUGAAGAAGGGUCUCUGCACUGCAAAAAGAUAAGCUUUUGCUCUGCUAGAAAUACCAGUUGCUUGGAGAGCAACUUGCUUGAGAAAGAAGGAUGUUGUGAUGAGCAGAGAUCCAGAUCUGAAAGUGAAACGGUGGCUGAUGGCUGUAAUCAUGCUGUUAGUUAUUGCUUAGUGAAGAAAGAAACCAACAGUUUGUCUAGCUUGUCUAAAACAGACAGCAAUCAUGUGAAUGCAUCAUUAUCAAGAGCAAUAUCACUCAGGUCUCCCUUUCCCACUAGAUCUAAAGAUCCAAAGGCUAAUACAGCUCAUGACUUGCCAGGGAAAAAUGAGAAAAUUAACUCUGUGACUUCAGGAAGGACUUCAAAUGGAAAAGUCCAAAGCUCAGGCGCAAAUCACUGCAAAGGAGGUGCAGUACCGCACAGCCCAUCCUCACAGAAAAAGUCCUGUCAGGACUCUAAGGGAAUGGCACAAAAAAGUAUAAUGGACACCCUUUUAAAUAACCAGAAGGCCAAAUCAGGACCAAAGCUAAAAGGAUUCACCAUCAAAAGCAAAGCAAAGGCAAAUACGGAUUGUUCUGGUGUUAAUUCUACCAAAGUCAGCGGGGCAGAUCAGAAAAGGGCUUCCGUUUCUCCACAAUUGUCCCCCAAACCUCUAGGCAAGAAAACACCGUUGUCCCGUAAUUCACCUACAAACCCAGAUCCUGGCAAGAGCAUUCCAGCAGUCUCAAGGACUCUGAAGUCAGAGCUAGAAACUAAACCAUCUCUAGUCAUUUCUGAUGAUUCAGUUCUGUCUUUCCAGAAUGGCAGCAGCAGCCCAACAGCGAGCAGCGAAAUGAAAUGCAGCUGUGGGGAGGCAACAGAUUUGCAGCAGGCAUGGGGAAAGCCAAAAGAAAAGCAAAUUUCCAUGCUGCCUGCACUGUGUCAGAGUAAGGGUGCUAAGGUGGAUGAUUUCAGAGACAGAAAUGGUCAGUCCAAAGUCACUUCAUCUUCCCAGGGCAUACCAAAAACCGAAUUUGUAAAAGGGAAGACUGAGAACCCUGGAACAGGCCUGAAUGCAAGCAACAGCAUCUGUAGUGCAGAUCAUCUUAGGCAAUUAGAUUUCAAAAACAUGGGACCAUCUGUAGGAGUCUCUUCUUUGUUGAAGUCCCCCUUGGUUCAGCAGGAGCAGCCGGAAGGACAGGAGAUCCAGCGCACUUUCAUAGAGGUGAAGCUCUCCUCCUCAUCAUCUUCCUCCUCAUCCUCUGCCUCUUCUUCUCCAGCAUCAUUUUUGCAGCUGCCAUUGCUGGAGAAGACAGAAGAGGCGAACACAGAAGUGCCUCGACUGAGUGAUGAAAUGGGGACCACGCAGUAUUUUUCAAAAGUGGAUGCUGCUGGAGACAGAAGUCUCUAUGGCUUGUCAAAACCUGUGACAAGGACUUACUCAAUGCCAGCCCAGUUGUCAGGUCAGUUGAGGGAGGACUGCCAAGUUGCAGAGCUUCAUCCUGUACAAGGACCCCAGGGCCACACUGCAGAGGAGAAAUACCCCCAGGCAGCAACAGGGACGUUAAAGAUGGUCCAUCUGAAUUUGCCAAAUGGCCAGAGUGGGAAGGAGCAGACGUAUGCUUCCAGAAGCACCCAGAGGGUCCAUGACAUGUCCUCCUCAGCCAGUGACAUUAGCUGCCCUGCCACCGCUAAGCUGAGGAGCUUCAGGAGGAAUUACUACUACUAUGAGCUGAACUGGGCUCAUGAACCUGCCUCAUCCUUCUCUGUCAAACAGAGGAUCAAAUCUUUUGAAAACCUGGCAAAUUUUGACCGACCUAUUGUGAAGGCCAUUGAUAUACAUUCAGCCAUGAGGUCUCCCCUUACCAGGAGGUCGUGCGGUGCAAUGGCCACCACACACAGCCCUGCUGAGACACCACGGGCCUUGCGGCGCAGCUUCAGCUCCUAUGGCGGCAGCCCCAGCACAACCAGUGCCAUGGCCAAGUCUCCCAGCAAUGCAGAGGCCACACGUCUGGCAGAGGGCAACAAGGGGGAAGGAAAGCCCCAGAGGAGUGAAGAAGGUGGUGCUGGGGCAGAUCUGGCUGCCGUUCCUCCCUCGGCCUCACAGGCACGCCGCAGCCGGGGCCUCGGGCGGCCGCCACUGUCCCGCUCUAGGCUGCGGGAGCUGAGGGCCCUCAGCAUGCCUGACCUGGACAAGCUGUGUGGAGAGGGCUUCUCAGGGCCUCCACAGCCCGCCUGCUUCAAGACAGAGCUGGAAAUCACACCCCGCAGAGCCCUCGGCAUGCCUGCCGGGAGCAGCGCAGCCCCACCAGCCUGCUGUGACCCUGCUGAGGCAGGCAGGAUGGGAAUGGUGGCCAGCAGCCCUCGGGACAGCGGCUCAGGGACACCAGGGUCUGCAUCAGAUGAUGAUGUGCCCCACAGCAACUCUCCGCAUGGAGAGCACUGGGAAAACAGCUGGUCCAUCAGCUUGGAUCAGCUGCUCGUCUCAAGCCUGGACCAGCAAAAACUGCAAUCUGUUUUGUCAGCAGUAGUACCAAAAUGUGAUGUUGCUGUGAUGCUCCAAGAAAUCAAAGCACAAGGAAAGAGCAAGGAAGAGACAUACUUUGUAGUCUUACACAAAGAAGAAGGAGCUGGCCUGGGAUUUAGUGUUGCUGGAGGAAUAGAUCUGGAACAGAAAUCAGUCACAGUCCACAGAGUGUUUUCAAAGGGAGUGGCAUCUCAAGAAGGGACUAUUUGUCGAGGAGAUCUUGUUCUGUCAAUCAAUGGCACGUCUCUUGCGAGCUCAGUCCAUGGCGAUGUUCUGAACACUCUUCAUCAGGCAAGACUGUACAAAUACGCGGUCGUUGUCAUCCGAAAGGAGAAAGACAAAGCAAAUAAUUCCUCCAGACCUGAGAUAUCAGCUACUGGCAGAAAAUGUGUGGGGUCUGGAAAGGAUGUUUCCAUGGAAAUAGGAACAGAUCCAAACCUGGAUAUGAGUGAUGUCAUCUGUGUUGAAUUAUUGAAAACCUCUGCUGGCUUGGGAUUUAGCCUGGAUGGUGGAAAAGCUUCCAUUGCUGGAGACAGGCCUUUGCUUGUAAAAAGAAUAUUUAAAGGUGGUGCUGCAGAGCAAUCUGGAAACAUAGAAACUGGAGAUGAAAUUCUUGCUGUUAGUGGAAAGUCAUUACUUGGCCUCAUGCAUUACGAUGCCUGGAACAUUAUUAAGUCUGUGCCAGAGGGCCCCGUUCAGUUACUAAUCAGAAAACACAGAACUUCAGUGUGAUGGAAGCACUACUUGUAAUCACACUUGCUAAGACAAAGCAUUUAAAACUGUCCAGAAAUCUAUCUCUGUUUCUAAAGCCACACAGAAGUGUCUUAAUGCUCUACAGAGAGGUGCUAACAGCCUUGGAGAACCACUAAACAAGGGUGUGAUGAGCAUCGUAAAUUCUCACCUAAUUAUCAAGGGUAAAGGAAGCCAAAAGUUAAGAGACAUUUUUGUAUUAUGUGGCAGUUUUAAUGGAACUUCAAGACCUCUCCUGGGUUUAACUUCAAGUAUUUUAACUGAGAUAAAUAACACUGUGCCUGUCCCUGAUAUUUUUAGUAUCUGCAGAGUGUUGGGAGUAUAACUUGUUGGUUGCCAUCCUGUUGACAAGGGUGGGUAUUUAGACUGUACUAUAUCACUUAGCUGUAAUAAGACUUCAGGACACUAACUUAGCGUCUGGUCCUUUUUUUGUUGUUGUUGUAAUAAGAGAAUGUCUGGAACAAUCUCACUUUAUUCUUCUAAGUGCAGUUUUGCUAAAAAUGCAUGACAAAAGCGUAUACUUUUGCACAAAUUUUAUGCCUAAGACAUGAGCAUUUUAUUGCAAAGCUGUAAAUCUUAAAACUGAUGAACUACUCAGCAUCCACCAUAACCAAACCUGUUCUUAGGUGCAACUUGUAUCUGAAAGCACUUAGCAUUAGUGCAGUAGAAAUCUGUGAGGAAGGAAAACGUGUCCAAGUAAUAGCUGAUUGCCCACCAAGGUGUAGACUGAGUUGUUAGUUGUGAUUAAAAUGGAAGUGAUAAAAUUUGGGGUCUGAAUUUUCAAAUUUAGGCUUCUAAUGUUAGGCACCUUUAAAAUAAAUAUAUUUUUAAAAGAGGGAUAAUUUCAAGUGCUGAGCACUUUGCAGAUCCCACAGACUUCAGCAAUCUCUAAGUACAUCUGAAAGCCCGGCUGCUCUUAUGUGGCUGCAAGAGCUUUAAGGCUACCUGACUUGAAACAACUCAAGCUGGAAAAUGGUAGUCUAACGAUGGGGAUUAUAACAGAUUAAAUCUGAACUGGCCGUAUUUGUGGCCAUAUUUCACUCUUCUUUUGUUUUCUCCUGUCCAGUAUUUAUUUUUGCUUUGUAUGAGAGUGGGUGAGGAUGUGUGAGGAAGAUAGGAGUGCGGCGGGCUGCAUCAGCAACAGCGUGAUGCUGAGGGUUCUAGAUGGUGAAACUGAAAACUCUGUGUGGCUGAGAGAAACCCUGGUGUUACACACAGCAGAACUGAGAGGUUUGCAGUACCACAGGCGCUUAAUUCGGGUUUUCUAACCCCUGCUCACAGUAGAGGUGUCAAUUAGUGGGCCAUGCCACUGGGUGUUAUUUAUAGUCUGCCACUUAGGAGGGGAGUGUGUGGGUGCAAGAGAUUAGACUCUUGUUAUUUCUCUUCUUACACUGGGGAUAAAGAACAUAAGAGAUACAGGAGGAAAUGGGCCAGUGUCCUUAUCAGCUGAGAACAAGUUGUUUGUUCCAGAGUUCUCAGGUUGUUCAUAGAGUUAGGCUGGAGACUGCUUCCAGCCAACAUGCCCAGGGCGAAGAGCUCUCAGCCUGGAACCAGUCCAAAUCUGAAGUGCUGCCUGUGUUUAUAGCAAGCCAAGAUACUGCGUAGCUGUUACAAAAAGGCCUGGGCUUGCCACUUGGCCCUACCCCAAGAUCCUACUGUAAUUCAGUUUAUUUACGUUUAUCCAACAGUGCUUGGAGCAAUUGCUUCCAGGUUAGUGGAGCACUUGCUUUGGUUCAUUUCUGUGACAGCUUCAUUAGACUGCAGCUUACAAUGCGCAGAGGAAAAUUCAGUUCUGCAAGGCAACCUGAGACCAGGUGAGCAGAAAAGCUGUGCAACGUUUGCCUAAAAAUAAAUAGAUUUAAUUAUUUUUCAGUGACCUGUUCGCAGGUCAGUCCAGGGAGAGAUGCAGCUUUUGGUCACAGGAAAGGCAAUACUUCACAUGGUCCUACAGCUGCUUUGGCUGCAGGAUUUCUGUUGAAACUAGUUAAUGUUCAGUGCUGUAAAAUGACCAUGGACUUGGGUCCCCCAUGACCCUGAAACUCGACCACUCUGUCGGGACUGGUCCCUGCCUCUCUUCACCUCUGUGGUGGGAGAGGCUUCAGGAGGAUGCAGCACUUGGGGUCAGAGGACCACGCAGAGGUUGCGGGCCUGUGCUGGGCUAGAAGAGGUUGCCCCUGCGUAUUUGCUGAAAAACAGGGAGAAGACAUGUGGCAAUGACAAUGAAAUGGUGAGGCCUUGUUCAGGAAUGACCAAAAUCUGACUGUAAUAGCGUGUAUAAUAGAUACAUAAGAUGCAUGUGGAGUUUAAUGCAGCGUAGUGAAUACAUACCUGUAUAUGUAUCAUACGUACAAGUGCAGUACUGACUUUCUGCUACUUUCAUGUGGUAAAUCACGGUUGUGUUUUAGGAAACAGCUUCUUCCUUUUUUCUUUUCCUCAGUCCACAGUUUAAAAUUUUGGAGGUUCCAACGCAGGGAGGCCUGUGUCUCUCUCGCUCCUAAGUCAGUGUGAGCUCAAAGGUAAAGGCUUCAUUUUGUAGACUAAUUUGAGGUGUUUUAAGAUGAUACAUGGUGAGUAUUUUCAGACGCUUAUUUGCAGGUAAUGUUCAUUGUGAGUGAAUUAGAAGGCUUUCAUUUUUCAGUAAUCAGAUACUGUUGUGUAUUUUAUUUUACAUGCACGUAAUAUGUGUUGGCUGAGUAACAGCAAAGAGAGGCGGGGAUUUUUGUCUGUGAUUCAGUAGUGGCUAUAAUUUAAAAGCUAAGUUUAAUAUUUUAAAUCUGACACGUUCUGUGGGUAGAGUGGUACACUUCUCUAACAUUACAGCAAGAAAAAUGAUAGCAUUUAACUCUGUUUCUGUUCCUGAAAAUGCUUUUUUGUUUGUGUGUGCGUGGAAGAACACGACACAUCUUUACUGAUGCUACUGGUGUUGGCAUGAUUACAGUAGCAUUUCCUGAUAUCUCUGUUGGGGUGAUGUUCCCCAUGAAAGCCACAGGAUUUCUACUUUAUUACAAACGGAGUGGGUAGACCAAACAGAUGUAGUAAACCUUGAAGAUACGCAUCUGGAAAAGUAAAUACUACUUUUUCCAAGAGCCUGGUCACACCAAGAUGACAGGGGGCGUUGCAUUAGUUUGUCAGUAUUCAGUAGGUUCAUGGGUGUUUUUUGCCUUGCUGUUUGCCUGUCAGUUCCAAUGGUGGUGUUUUGCAAUGCCAGAGGGUUGGCCAUGCUCUUGGAGAGCAGUAAUUCUCCAGAGAUUUGCAGCAGCAUCUCAGAAAACCACAAAAUCAGGAUGAAAUUAUGCACUUGGUCCCCAGCUCCUCACCAGGGACCUGAAGGCAUUCCAGAUAAGGUGAAUGUGCUCCUCGAUGGUCUGGUGUAGGGCGUUGCCACUUCCAGACCUGGGGCAGCUCAUGAGUGCACAUCCUGGAUAUGAGAGUGGGCUCUGGUGAGAUAGUGCCAUUGCAUAUUCUUCGGCCUUUGUACCUGGAAGCUCUUUCCAGCUUCCAUGGGGACUGCAUCUGUAUUGAAACCUGUGAGAUUAGGCCCUAAAUUAGGGAGGGAGCAAUGUCUGAUCAUUUUCUUGCUAAGUAAAAAUAGUAUGAGGGCAGAUAAGUAUUAAGAAACUGUUGAGAUAUUAAUAUUUUCUGAUGACCCUCACUUAAAGUCAGCUCUUGUUAAUGUUCUGCAGUGGUUCUUGUCAAAAUCUGAAGGAACUAUUCCCACAUGGGAAUGUUUACCUGCCUCUGUGUUUAGGAUAUGUCAAUGUACAAGUGGAAAUAUUAAUAAAAAGUAGACUAGAUGAUGUGAGAAAUGGGGAUCCCACUUUAGGUUAAGUUUUGUGUGUUAGGCUGAUACACUUAUUGUAUGAUAUUGUAUAUUUACACUUUUAUUUAUAUAAAUAAAACAUCUUUUAAU